GAGAGAGAGAGAGAGAGAGAGAAGACUCGAAUUUUCUUAAAUGCUUUCUCUGCGUGCAAGGCUAAGCCAACCUCAUCGAUCAUCCCGUACGGCAACCCCCAUCAUUAUACUCUCUCUCUUUCUCUAAUACUUUCUCUCUCUUAAUCUCUCUCUCUCUUGUGGAUCGCUUUAUAUAUACAGGGGUUGCCUCUAUUUCCUCACUUUGCAUGUCUGCCUAAAUCCUUUGCUCUCUCUCUCUAACAUUCUUUCUCCGCCUCCAUCUCUCUCUCUCUCUCUCUCUCUCUCUCGUAUUCAGUGGUGUUUGUUUGAUUGCAUGGGAUGGAUCCUUCAAGUGGACAACACCAGGAAAUGUCUGCCCAUUCACUGGAAAACAUGUUGGUAUGCUCAAAAGGGCAGCCUGAGAAGAAACCAAGGCCUCAACCAGAGCAAGCUCUAAAAUGCCCAAGAUGUGACUCCACAAACACCAAAUUCUGCUACUACAACAACUACAGCCUUACUCAGCCAAGGUACUUCUGCAAGUCAUGUAGGAGGUAUUGGACCAAAGGAGGGACACUGAGGAAUGUUCCAGUGGGUGGAGGCUGCAGGAAGAACAAGAGAUCAUCAUCAUCAUCCUCAUCAAAGAGGACUCAAGAUCAACCACUCACACCCAACACCAACCCACUCAUCACUGGUAUCCCAUCUAUGGCUUAUGACUCUCCUAGUGACCUCAGUCUUGCAUUUGCCAGGCUCCAAAAACAGUCAUGUGGGCAGAUGGGUUUUGAUGAUCACCAUGAUUUUUCAAACACCCAUUGUGAUAUUGUGGGAAACCACGGAAUGAACACUUCUGCAGCAGCAACUCCUGGCUUUCUUGAUGCUCUUAGGAGUGGAUUUCAUGAUGGGCAGAGUAAUUUUCAGAAUUGGUAUUAUGGGUAUCAUGGUAAUGGGAACAUGGGAGAGGUGGAUAAUAAUGGUGGUGGAGGUGUUGGGGUUAGUGGAGAAAUGGUGAUGCCAUAUGAAGAUCAAAUGAGUAAUGCAGCAACAACAACAGCUGUGACAGUGACAACUAUGAAGCAAGAAUUGUGUAAUGGCAGAGAAAAUGAUCAGAACAGGGUCUUGUGGGGAUUCCCUUGGCAGUCGUUCAAUGGGGAUGGAAACAAUAUGGGUGAGAUUGAUUCAGGAAGAGAAAGCUGGAAUGGACUUGCUCCCUCUUGGCAUGGGCUUCUUAAUAGCCCUCUGAUGUAGACAUGGAAGUUCUUAAGAGGCAUAGAAUUUCCUCUCUUAUUAGACUCAAAUAUCAGUUUUAGUGUUUUUGGGUUUUGUUAGGAGAGAUUUGAUUCGCCUGAAUCAUCUCUAUUUUUCUUUUUAAGUUUUUUUUUUUCUUUUUUUUUUUUUUCUUUUUUCUUUUUUCUUUCUCUUUUUUCUUUUUUGGGUUUCCUUUUAUUGGUCGAUAAGCUAAUGAAAAUUUCAGAUUUGUUUGCUAACCAA